AUGGUUGGCAUUCAGCAAGUUUUCAUCCCCGCCGUCCUGGUUGGCCUUGCCGCGGCUGCUCCUCUGGCCCCUCAGCCUGACAUUGCCGUCCGAGAUGUCAACGGGCUCGCCGACCUUGACCUGGCCGCUCGUGACCUCGUUCUCGACCUUGGUGAGCGUGACUUUGAGGACUUCGAUCUUGUCGUCCGAGCUCUUUACGGAGAUGAGCUAGAUCUUGAGACCCGGGCCAACCUCUUCAAUGCCGUCAAGGCCGUUGCCCCCGCCUUAAAAAACAUCAAGAAUGUCCUUCCUGGAAAGAAGUUGGCUGGAGCCGUUUCAGGCGCCGUCAAGGCCAAAAACGCUGUUGUCGGUGCUGCCAAAACAGUUGGUAAAACUGUGGUGAACAACAAGGGCAAGACUUACGAUCGUGUCCUCAAGACUGCUGAUACAUCGAUGAACAUUGCCAAGACUGCUAAGACCAAGCGUGACGAUUGGGAUCUCGAGGAACGUGGCGAGUGGGAUCUCGAGGAGCGUGACGAAUGGGACCUUGAGGAGCGAGCCAAUAUUUUCAAAGCCGUCAAGGCUGUUGCUCCUGCCCUCAAGAAUAUUAAGAACGUUCUCCCUGGUUCUAAGAAGCUUGUUGGUGCUGUCUCCGGUGCUGUUAAGGCCAAGAACGCUGUUACCGGGGCCGCCAAGACCGUCGGCAAGACGGUUGUCAACAACAAGGGCAAGACUUACGACCGCCUUCUCAAGACCGCCGACACCUCAAUGAAUGUUGCCAAGACCGUCAAGACCAACCAAAAGCCUGCUCAAGGAAAGCGUGAUGAGUGGGACCUUGAGGAACGUGAUGAGUGGGAUCUUGAGGAGCGCGAUGAUGAGUUUGAUCUCGAGGAGCGCGCUAAUCUUCUCGGUGCCGUCAAAGCUGUUGCUACCGGCGCCAUCAAGGCUAAGAACGCUGUUGCCGGUGCCGCUAAGACUGUCGCCAAGACUGUUGUGAAUAACAAGGGCAAGACCUACGAUCGUCUUCUUAAGACUGCUGACACCUCAAUGAAGAUUGCCCAGACUGCCCACAAGCGUGGUGCGGAGGAAAACGACUCGGCCCCCAAGCACCACACCAAGAAGGGAAAGAAGGCUAGCAAGAGCAGCAAGAAGGUGGCUGGCAAGAGGAAGAACCGCGUUGCUAAGAAGGCCAAGAAGCACAGCGAGGAAAACUAA